UGUAAUUUUUGCAUGCUGUCAACUCUUAUACAAUAUUUGAUAUUUGCAUGGAGAAAUAAACAACAUACAGCAUGGUUCCAGACAAUAUUAACGCUACAGUUGUUCAUACAAAUGCAUUACAAUCAGGAAAUACAAGAGCAAACAGAGAAAUGUCAGAAGAUGAAAAAAAUAAAAACGUAACACACAAUAUUUCAAAUUCUACUAGUGUGGUGACUGAAAGCAAUCAAAGAUGUCUCGGAAAAUCAUGUGCAAGCACACCAAAAGAUUUUGAUUAUGGAAGUGAAUCAGAUGGCGAAAUAUAUUUCGAUUGCACGGAUGAGACGCCUAAUACAUUGUAUCAAUACAAUGGGUUAACAAAAGACUCCAUCGAAAAUGACAAUGAGCUGGUGCUUUACGAAAGACAAGAUUCCAAAUUGAAAGAUGACGAGGAAAUAUCUGAACAAGAUAACAAUUCUGACAGCGAUUUUUUGUUUGUCGAUGAGGACAGCAAUACGGAAUUAUUAGACACAAUCGAAGACGCUGAGAGAUAUGACACAAUAUCCGAUCUGCAACAUAAUGAGAAGAGACAUUGCGCUGUUGAAUAUGUGCUUGACUUAACAGAUAAAGAGAACCCCGAAAAAGAUUAUUUUGACACAAAGGUUAAUAAUGAAAUCCAAUCCAAAGACAGCAAAGGCAAUAUUGAUGAUAGAAAGGAAGUUGUUGAUAUGCAAGAAAAAGAACACGGUUCUAAUUUUAUUGAUAUGGAUGACCGAGAAGUAGUUGAUGAGUAUCCACUGGAAAAACAGAAUGAAAAUGCAGCUAAUGAAACCCAAGAAAAUGAACAUGAUAUAAAUUAUAAAUAUGCUGUUAGCGAAAGUCAAGGAAAAGACGAUGAAAAUGAUGGUAAAAAGGCGGCUGAUAAAAUCCGAAGAAAGGCUGAGGAUAUUUUUGGCGAAUGGUGUGAAGAGCCAGAGGAAGAAGAUAAAAUUGAUGGUGAAAAAGUAGUUUGUGAAAUACUAGAAAAGGAAAUUGAUUUUAAUGAUAACAAAGCUUUUGACAUUCAAGGAAAAAAUAAUGAUUAUGAUGGUCAAAUGGUCGUUGGUGAAAUUCUACGUAAAGCUUUUGCUAUUGAUGGUAAAGGGGAAGAUGUUGAAAUUUCAGGAAAUGAUGAUGAAAUUGAUUGUGAAAGUGGAGCAGCUAAGGCAAUAGAAAAUUAUAUUGAAGGUGUUGGUGAAAUAUCAGCUUAUGGAGUGAAAGUAGGAAAAGAUGAAAUUUCCGAUAAAAAGGCAGUAAAAGAAACACAAAGUGUUGCCAUUCAAGAAAAGCAUGGUGAUAUUGAUAGUAUACAGGGAGUCUUGGAAGUUGUAACAUUAGAUGAAGAGACUACUGGUAGAAUACAGCGAUUAACAGAUGAUAUUGAUGUUGAAGAGGUUGAUAGUAAAAUCUUAAAUGUUGCUAUGUACGGGGAGGAGGUCGAUAGUGAAAGCAUAGAAGAAAAUGCUGUUUUAAAUGGUAUGCAGCCAGUUGUUGAAAACCUUGAAACAAAUGAUGAUGUUGAUAAUAAAAAUGCAGUUACGGCAAUUUGUAAUAAGAAAGAGGGCAUAGUUCUUACAAAAGCAAUCAACGAAAUCCUAACAGGCAAUGAUAAAAAUAAAAAGGUGUCCAAUCAACAUGAAGACAACAAAGAGAACUUUUCUUCCACUGACAAAAAGAUUAAAUGCAUACUUGAGAUGACGUCUCUAAGUAGGAAUUGUCUAAAAGGUAACAGUUUUUGUCAGUCGAUGGCUUGUAAUGCACGACCCGGUCAGAAAACAACAAGUGAUCGCAUACUUUUCGAAGCACUUAUUACAUUGAUUUUAAUAUGUGGUAUCCCUUUUGCAAGAGGAGAAAAUAAUGCAGUUUCAAGUAAAGUCACAUGGAGUCUUCAGACAAAUCCAGCAGUCUUCGGGAGUAAUGCUACUCUUUGUUGUAUUAUUCAAAAUCCUGAUACUAAUCACAUGGCAUGGAUAAGAGAUCCAAAAGCAAUGAUAAUUGCAACUGGAAAAAGCCCUUCGAAUCCAAUGAAAUAUUCGGCAUCGGUAGAACCAAGAGGAAACAUUACGUACUAUAGACUGACAAUUUUCAAUAUUGUUAUGACAGAUGUUAACAUCAACUAUAAAUGUGAAUCGGGUUUUGAUCUAUUUGAAAAGAAGUUAGAAAUGAGAGAAGAAAGUUUUGUUAUGAAACCGUCCAUCGAAGAAACUGCUACAAAUAUUACAAGAGUAAACGGAAUGAUCACAUUUUCAAUAAGAAUGCAAAAUCUCUACCCCAAGCCAGAUUGUUUUUUCUCAUCGAAGAAGGAGAAAAUUGAAGGUAAUAUUUCCUUAGAAGAAAACAGCGAACUUUACAACGUACAAAUGACUCUCGUGAUAAGUGAAGAUAUGUGUGAAAACAACAUUAGUGCGUAUUGUGCUUUAGGAAAGGAAACAGUAUCCAUUGACUUACCUUCAUCUAAUAAUAGUUGGACGAACAGAUGCAUUAAAGAUAGACAUGUAGGAGAUGCUGUGUUAAUAGUUACUGUAAUAAUCAGUAUUACGCUGGUAUUUAUUGUAAUAAUCACAGGUUGGUUGUUAAAGAACUGUCUUUCCAGAAAAUUCAACCAUGCUUUUAAACCAGUGUUUGUAUAAAACAUAAUUGAAAAUACAUGUAAUUUGUAUUAUCAUUUUUAAUUGGUGCAAAAGUUGGAUAAAUGUAUUAAUAUUCAAUUGGCAACCUACCGCGACAAGGUAAAUGGAAUCAAAUUACACCAUGUACAUGUUUAUAAAAUUCAUAAUCAAAGUGAAACUGUAACAUUUAUCUUAAUUAUGAUGUUCGAUUUCUGUCUUAAAACAUAACAAGGGAGCAAAGCUUAUAUGACUGUGGUUCAUGCUCCAAAAACUGUAAAUUGUAAAUAAAUAAUGUUAAUCUAGUAUUUACUUAUAAUAAUGAAGUUAUUGAUAUUGCUGAUGUUUUUAAAUAUUUAGGUAAUGUAUUAAUGUCAGAUUCUUCUUUCUGUAAUUUCAAAUCGAAGUUGUAGGUAGAAAGGUAAAAAUGCUUCGUAUAACAUAUUGAAGUAAAGUAGAAAGUUGAAUUUACCUGUUGAUUGACAAAUAGAUAUUUUUAGUACAAUGGUAACCCCAGUUGUGAGAUAUGGAGCUGUGACAAUAGUGAUAUUUUUAAAUAUUUUUGUUUACAAUUCUAUAAAAUGGUACUUGGUUUGAAGAAGAGUGCACUUAAUUUGUUAUAAUACGGAUAAUUGGGUAUUUCCUUAUUAAUAUUCUGAUCAAAAGUAGAAUGCUAGCUUUUUGUUAUGAAUAGUAUGUAAUAAGCAUGAAUGAAAUGUGUGCUGUACUUUGCAAAUUAUUGUAAAACAUGCAUGUAAAGCAUUUUUUUUCCAUUUUAAAUUGAUUUCUUGUACUGAAGUGGCUUUUUCUGAAAACUGGCUAUCACAAAGUGUACGUAAAAAAUAGCCUUGGCUAGGAGGAUUUAACAAAGACUGUGUGAUCAAUUUAAGCAGACAUGGUAUUGAGUACUGCUAAAUGUCUUAAUUAUCGAAUAUCCAAAUCUUAAGUUUGAAAAAUAUUUAAGUAAACUUUCUUAUGACUUUGGAAAAACUGUUCUGUAAUUAUAGAUGUCGAAACCAUAGAUUAGAAAUUGAGCAUGGUCGAUUUUGGGAAUAUGUCGAGACGAUCGUAUAUGUGAUAUAUGUAAUAUAAAUAGUAUUGUGAUGAAUACCGUUAUUUGUUUGAAUGUAUUUUUUUUUCAAAAUGAAAGACACAAUUUGCUAUUUUUUUCAGAAAGCAACCACUAUAAAAUUUAAUGAAUAAAUUCAAUAAAAAAAUCAUAAAAAAUAAUAUCAUUCUCGUUAUACACAAAUUGUAUUUGACACACAAGGCAUUACAAUUUGUUUUGUGUGUGCUAAUUGUUUGUAUUCACAAUUCCUCAGUUAGGGUCUUUGAGAAAUAACAGUUUCAAGUUUAAAGUAAGUAAUAGUUGAAUGGAAUGUGUCUACAACAUGUUCAUUAAUUAUUAUGCAAAAAUGGUAUGUGUAUAAUCCAAUGUUUUAUAGAUAAUGUGAUUUUGAGGACUUUCAAAGUUCAUGCUUUUAACAUAUUUGUAUUGAUUAUAAACUUUAUAUUUUUUUAAUGUCUAUUUUUCAUAAUUUUAUAUUUAAUAUGUAUAACAUAUCGAAAACAUAGCAAAUCUUCAAAUUAUCAAACCUUUUAUUGUUAUUAGCUAAUUAUUUUAGCAUUUAUUUUAUCUUAAAGAAAUCACAAUAAAGGACAGGUUUUCCUGAAGAGUAAGAAGAUCAAGCUCUAAAAAUGUCAACGGCGUAUUACUCAUUGCAAGUAAAUAUUGAUGAUAAGUUGCAUUCGAUAAUGUCACCAUUCACAAUUACAUCACUCGUCCAUUCAACUUCAUUCAUUACAGCUAAACGGACGUGUUUGGUCAGCUCCUGAUUAUUUGCAUACUACAACAUGUAGCUGUUUAUUAAAUGGUCCAACGACGUACUAUUCCAUGCUUGCAGAAAGAUAAUUCAACACUGUACAGCUAUCAAAAAAGGUCUGCGUCAGCAUACAUUCCAAAAAUCCACUGUGGAUUGUGGAGUGUGCUACCCUCCGACGUCCGAGGGCCUUCUAUCUGUAGUGUUGGAUGAUGGACCGUCAUUUCACCGUCUCAAAUAUUUGGUCCUAAACAUGCUUCCUGCAGACAUUCACUACUACGUCUAGAAUGCAUGACCAGUAAUGCAUCGACAUGGUUAGCGGACUACCCAGUUGAUCUCCUUGUCCCUGAAAACAGCCGUUGUGAAGAGCAAUAAACCAACUCAAAAUAGUAUAGAAACCAAAAACGUACGUGAAACCAAAAUGGCCGCUUCCAGCUGGCUGAUCACCUUUUGACAAUGGCAACAAAAUAUUUACAGCUCACUAAAUGUCAUCAAGGGCACCGAGAAGACCAUGCGAGGCCUGUAUACCCAAUCAAAGUCGUUAAACACACAAACCAACGAUAAUGUCACAAUCGAGGAAAAACGGUGGGAAUGGGAUAAUGACAAGUGACUUAUAUCUGCAUCCAUCUGAGACACAGAUAUUCCAUAUCAGUCAAAAAAGUCGUGAUUAUUGUCCUUACAUUUUAUAAUAUGGAUGUGCUUUUGAUAAAAUAAAAUACUUCAAAAACAUA